AUGAUUGAUAUGCACUAUUUGCCACAUUAUGAGCUAAUGAGGAAGAAAAAGAAAGAGAAUGAUGGUCUUCAAAAAGACUCAAGAUAUGCCAUUCAAAUAUUUUGUCUGAAUGAUGAUGUUGUGAUGAUCACACUUACCGUGAGAGAACAUUUACAGUUCUCAGCAGCUCUUCGGCUUCCAACAACUAUGACGGAUCAUGAAAAAAAUGAACGGAUUAACAUUCUCAUUGCUAAGCUAGGUCUGGAUGGAGUGGCAGAUUCCAAGGUUUUGUCCAAAGAUGAGAGAAAAAGGACCAGUGUCGCAAUAGAGCUGAUCACUGACCCUCCCGUCUUGUUCCUGGAUGAGCCCAUGACUGGAUUAGAUUCAAGCACUGCGCAUGCAGUUAUUUCACUUCUGAAAAAGUACAUGCGACAGCAGCAUUGUUUUUUCAUUUAUUUAUUACAAAUCUUUGAUUAUGUCUAUGUGCUCAGUAUUCUUAUUGCAAGGGACUCAGAAGUGAAUAGCAAGGGCCGUUGA